CAUUGUCAUUGUAUUCGUUAUUGAAAGCAAUACACAAUUUUUGAAACCACAAGUAAAACGUUGUUUAUUUUCUCAUUUUUGUUUUAGUGUGCGUCGUCGUAUUGUAUUCUUCUUUGUUAUCAUAUUAAUUGGGCACAUGAAGCAAUGCACUUUUACGAUACGAAUAGCGUGAUUAUUUCGGUGAAGACCAACAUAAUUAUCAUCACUUUGUAUCGCUGUCGUUGUUCAUUAAGGUCAUGGGUCAUCUCGCAUUACUGAUAAAACAUGAAUGCCUGCGACAUUCAAACGAUGAAAUUAUAUGAUGAAAUUCUAAAACUGGAGCCAUAUGAUGUGAAGCAGCAGUAGCUAGGCGAUUUUCAUUGGGAAAGGCGACAACGCGUGAAUCACACUUUCAUUCGUUUUGGCCGUCAAAAAUCAUGGCGAAAAUUUGUACAUUUAUUCUAAGUGUUUUUCUGUUUUUCGUGGCGAUAAAUGGAACUGUGGCAGUGGGUCGAUGCAAUCGACCGGAAAAUGUCAAAAAGAACCAGAAAGUAAGUGGUGACGGUGGUUACCGUAUAUUCAUCGAUGGAGAUCCAAACCGAUAUCAACCAGGCAAAAUUUAUAAUGUGUUUUUGGUUGCGCCGCGUGUCAAUAGUGAAUUCACCAAAGAGUUCACUCAAUUCCGGAUCUAUGCUCGGGCUGCUUCAAAUGCUGAUCGCACCAAAGCUCGCGUCACUUUAUCCAAUCCACGUCGCGUUGGCCGUUUCCAAUUGUUUGAUGAUCCAAUGGCUGAAUUCAACAUCGAUUGUGUGAACACAAUCAAAGAAGCGGAUAACUAUCCCAAAUCCGAAGUUCAAUUCAUGUGGGUCGCUCCACCGGCAGGUUCGGGUUGUGUCGCCAUUUCGGCACUGGUCUAUGAAAAAUCACAGAAAUGGCACGCAGACAAUGGACAACUCACCAAAAUUAUCUGCGAAGGUGAACCGGAACAUGUUGCAGUUGCACAGGAGUGUUGCGCUUGUGAUGAAGCUAAAUACCAGAUGACAUUCGAAGGAAUUUGGUCAAACGAAACGCAUCCUCGUGAUUUCCCAUUCGCCGUUUGGCUCACGCAUUUCUCUGAUGUAAUCGGUGCAUCGCAUGACUCAAACUUUUCGUUCUGGGGCGAAAAUCACAUCGCCACCGAUGGCUUUAAGCAAAUGGCUGAAUUCGGUUCAGUUCGUCAAAUGGAAUUUGAGCUUCGUGCAAAGGGGCCACGUCUUCGAACACUUAUCAAAGCAGCCGGUUUAUGGUAUCCAAAUGUGAAUACAAACACUUCGGCCAAUUUCCGAACAGAUCGCAUCCAUCACAAACUGUCGGUGGUUUCAAUGUUCGGCCCAUCACCCGACUGGGUAGUUGGUGUCAGCGGAUUGAAUUUGUGCGAAAAAGACUGCAGCUGGAAGGAUUCACUUGAUAUUGAUCUGUAUCCAUGGGAUGCCGGCACUGACAAUGGUAUCACUUACAUGUCACCCAACUCGGAAACAUUCCCACGUGAACGAAUGACUCGCAUAACCACAAUGUUCCCAGAAGAUCCACGUCAGCCAUUCUACAAUCCAAAUUCAUCGGAAAUGAUCCCAUUGGCACGUUUGUACAUCCGGAAAACAAAAACCAUCCCACGAAACUGUGAUGAUCAACUGUUGCAAUCACAAUUGUUGGAUGUCUCUGAAAAUACCGAAGAUGAAAUAUCGCGACCGGAAUGUGCCGUAACCGAGUUCACUGAAUGGUCACCAUGUUCGGUCACAUGUGGCAAAGGAAUCCGUUCACGAACACGGCAUUAUGUUAAUGAAAAUUUGGCCAAAUCAUCACAGUGUAACCGCCAAUUGGUUAGUAAGGAAAUGUGUGCCGCUGCAAUCCCCGAAUGCAGAUCCGAAGAUGAUGAUGAGCCGGAAGAAUCACUGGGCCCAGCCAAUGUUGAUGCGACUGGCGAGGGAAUCGGUGUUUGUCGUACAACACCUUGGACUGAAUUUUCACCAUGCUCGGCCACUUGUGGCAUUGGCAUUUCAAUGAGAACUCGAACAUUUGUUGACCAUGCUGGCCGCAAGAAGUGUCCACAUAUCACAAUCGUCGAAAAGAAUAAAUGCAUGCAGCCAGAAUGUUCAGUGGACGAUAUUGAGGUGCCCGAUCCACAAUGUCCAGUGACUCAAUGGAGCGAUUGGUCACCAUGCAGCCAAACUUGUGGUCAAGGCGUAACUAUUCGCACACGUUUAUUCUUGGGCGAUGAUUCAAAGCGCGAAGAAUGCCAAAAACGUAAGCAAUUCUAUCAGCAACGUGAAUGUACUCAGCGCCAAGAAUGUAGCAUGAGUCGCAAUGAAGCCACAGAAAUCUGUUCAAUGCCAGCUGAAGAAGGUCCUUGCCGUGGUAUUUACAGCCGAUUUGCAUUCGAUCGCGGGCAGAACCGCUGCAUUGCAUUCAACUAUGGCGGUUGCCGUGGUAACCAAAACAACUUUUUCUCGUAUGCCGAGUGCCAAAAGACGUGCCAAAAUAUCUACUAAUUUUUUUAUUCAUGACUUGAAAGCAUACACAAACGUAAAUGAACUAGACAAAAUAAAAAAACAUAGCCGAAUUCAUCAGCAAUGUAUCUUUCAAUCAAAUUGUAUUUUCAAUUUAAAUAAAACCAAUUUACAAAGCAUGAAAACACAAA